GACACUCGUCUUCAUGGUCCACUAAUUAUACUCUCCUCUUCCCCUAAACCCUUUUCCGUCUCUCUUUCUCUCUCCUCAAUUUCCUCGCAUCUUUCUCGCUCUCUCUCCACCAAAACAGUUAACAACAAUGGCAGAAUCAACAACAAAAUACCAGUUAGUUCCAAACGCCAACAACAACAACAUUACAACAGAUUUCAAAAGCUUUUUCUCUCUCUUCAAAACCAGAAAAACCUCUGCUUUUGUUUACGGUGUUAUCUUUGUUUUCAUUGCUUUCACUAUUUUCCUUGCUUUCUCCCCUUCUUCAACCUCCACGUCUUCUUCUACUUGGUUCAUCAAUUUUUUCACCCUUAAUAAUACUUCUCCUCCUGAUUAUACUGACGAAUCUUUCAGAUCUGAUUUUCCCUCUAACUUUUCUGCUCAAAGUAACCCCUCUAGAUCUCAUAAUAUUACUCAAAUUCAAACACCCAUCUCGAAUUUGACUACUACCCAACUUCCUCCUGAUAAAAAUCCAAUCUUUAAUCCUGAAAUUAGCACAAUUUUGCCGCAAAUCUCCCCUGAAAUCCCUCCAAUUUUACCAACACAAGUUAAACCUUUGAAUCCCACUAAUAAUACUAAAUACCAAGAUAAGCAAAGUGAUCAGAGUAGUUUAAUUCCACCAAAACCCUCCCCUGUUCCUGAAAAACAAGGUGAUCAGAGUAGUACAAUAGUUUCCCCUCCUCCAACCCCUCCAGUUCUCUCUCCUGUUACUUCAAAUCCGACUGUCGAAGUGAAUUCGACAAAGAAAGAAGGAAGUGUGGGAGAAGUGAAGGAUUUCGGUUCGGCUUCAUUGUCACAGAAACAGGAUAGUAAGAGCAAUAAUAAUAAUAAUGGAACAGACACCGGUUCGAGACAGGGGAGUGAGAAGAAGAGUAUGGUUGGUUCAUUGCUUGGUUGUGAUUUGUAUGAUGGAGGAUGGGUGAGAGAUGAAUCAUACCCACUUUAUAAACCUGGAUCAUGUAAAUUAAUUGAUGAACAAUUUAAUUGUUUUCUUAAUGGUAGACCUGAUAAUGAUUAUCAGAAGCUCAAAUGGAAGCCUAAAGGUUGCACAUUACCUAGGUUGGAUGGAAGGAAAAUGUUGAAAUUAUUGAGAGGAAAGCGGCUUGUUUUUGUUGGAGAUUCACUAAACAGAAAUAUGUGGGAAUCCUUGGUUUGCAUUCUUAAGAACUCGGUUAAAAAUCCGAAAAAUGUUUACGAAGCCUCUGGAAGGCAUUACUUCCGGAAUGAAGCUUCUUACUCUUUUGUAUUCAAAGAUUAUAAUGCUACCGUAGAGUUCUUUGUAGCUCCUUUCUUGGUUCAAGAAUGGGAAGUCAAAGACAAGAAUGGAGCAACCAAGGAAACUCUCCGAUUAGAUCUUGUGGCUAACGACUCCGAACACUUUAAGAACGCAGACAUUGUAAUUUUUAAUACCGGGCAUUGGUGGACACAUGAGAAGACAUCAAAGGGGGAAGAUUAUUACCAAGAAGGUAGCAAUGUCUACAAACAGUUAGAUGUUAUGGAGGCGUUUCGAAAAGCCAUAACAACUUGGGGAAAGUGGGUUGACACCCACAUUAAUCCUCAAAGGACACAUGUCUUCUUCCGCGGCUAUUCUAGUACACAUUUCAGAGGUGGGCAAUGGAAUUCUGGGGGGCAAUGCGAUAGCGAGACAGAACCAAUUAGGAAUGACACUUUCUUAGAGAAAUAUCCAUGGAAAAUGAAAGUUUUAGAGACUGUAAUGAUGGGCAUGAAAACCCCUGUUUCCUACCUUAAUAUUACAAAAUUGACGGAUUACAGGAAAGACGGUCACCCAUCAGUGUACAGAAAGCUACGGCUCUCCACAGAAGAGAAAAAAACGCCACUAAAGUUUCAAGAUUGCAGUCACUGGUGCCUUCCGGGCGUUCCUGACUCAUGGAAUGAGCUUAUCUAUGCGGAAAUGCUAAGAAAGAAAUACCAGGAACAACAACAAAAGAACAGAACGUGAGGCAACACAACACAACACAACACAACACAAACUAAUGAGUUACGUUUUUGUCAAGGUAUGAAGGUUAUAUUACAAUGCUCACACGGACGUAGAAUCCAAGUUCGCCGGUGAUUAUUUCAAGCUCAGGUGAAUUCUAUUUUUCUGUUUUAGAUAAAUGAAUUAUUAUGAAAUACAAAGAUGAGAGAAGUAAAUAGGGUCCCUUCACUUGUACUCUUAGAUCUUUUAAGGGAAACGCUGUUUUUUCGCUCUCAAAACGUUCUCUUUUAGUUCCAACGAGGUGGAGUGUUAGAAGGCAUUUUGAGAGUGGAAAUAGAAGUCCCUUUGUUGAGUAUGAAAGUAUUUUGCCGAUUUGUGUCGGUGAAUAAAAAGAUGCAGUUGGCAAUUUUGGUGAUGUUGAAAAAGCGUGUAUAAUUUAUUUUCCAGAUCCAAAAGCACAUAGAAGAAGUACAUGUGUACAUUAUGAUUAUUUUAGACUGCCACUAUUAGUAUUAAUAAACUAUUCCAAUUUUAUUGUUUUUUCUUCA